GCUCUGGUACGCCGGAGGUGCUGGAACUGUUGCUGCCAGCAUCGAAACAACCAGAGUUACUUCGGUGGUGAAGAAAACGACCCAACGAAUGAAAACACUUGGGCAGCAGAAGCAGUGGUUGCAGGCACUGGCACUCUUGGAGACCUUGAAAGCUCAAACGGUGGCUCCGACGGCUGUGACGUGCGCGGUGCUGGUGAAGUGCUGCGGGGGUCAAGAUGGCAAAGCAGAGGAGAUCUUCGAGGAAAUGCUGCGGCGAAGAGUGCAGCCCGACGUUUUCACCUACAGUGCUUUGAUUGGUGCUUGCAGCCGAGGCAGUGACUUCGAUGCAGCCAUGCGACACUUCAGGGAGAUGGAGGCGAUGAAGAUCCAGGCAGAUGUGACAUCCUUCAGCGCGCUGCUGAGUGCCUGUGAGAAAAGCCAACGGCCGGUAUCAGAGGCAACGGAGAUCUUUCAGUCCAUGAAGUUUCAGCAGGUUUCUCCAAAUCACGUGACCUACAGUUCGUUGAUCAGCUGCUGCGAGAAGUCCUCAGAGGUUGACCUAGCUUGGUCAUACUUCAGGGAGAUGACGCAGCAAAGUUUAGAGAUGGACGCCAUCGUCUACAACGCGAUGAUUAGCGCCUGCGAAAAAGGUCGUCAAGCGCCGGAGGCUAUAGAGCUCCUGGAGGAGAUGAGAACUCAAGAGGUCAGAGCAAACGUCAUCACGUUCAACGCAGUGAUCAGCGCCUGUGAAAAGGGACGCAUGGCAGACAAGGCCUGGGAGAUCUUUCAGCGAAUGCCGGAAACUUCGGUUGAGGCGGACUUGUGCACGUACAAUGCCCUGAUCAGCGCAGCAGAGAAGUGCCGCAAGACUGACAUGGCCCUGAGAGCCUUUCAGGAGCUCCAGGUUCAUCGCCUCCAAGCGGAUCUGAUCACCUACAACGCUCUGAUCUCAGCAUGUCGUGCCUCGUCUCCAGAGCUGGCGCACCACUUCUUCGAGGCCAUGCAGAGUCGACGACUGCAAGCAGACGUUAUCUCCUACAUCUCACUGGGUGUGCUGCCGCAGGAGAUGCUGUCGCUUGAUGAUCUCGAUGUGCGGAGUUUCACCGUCAUGAUCCGUCAGCGUGACGUGACAGAUGUAUUGAAGCUCUAUGAGGAGAUGCAGCUGAGGGGUUUGCAGAUGGACGGCCCCAGCUACUGGGCCCUGCUGUGUGCAGUGGACGACGACGCUCCGCGCUGCGUGCAGCUCUGCGAGGGGCUGCGGCGGCGCUGGUUGAGGACAGCCCAACACUGG